AUGCCCCGAACAGCUCGCCACACUAGGAAAAAGGAGGAGAUCAGUAGCCCAGUGAAUUGCCCAUCCUUGCCCUCCCCUUCGCAGCAGGAAGCAGAUAAAAGACACAUCCAGGCGACCGAGCCCUUUCAACCGACCUUGAAGGUGCUAGCCGACCUCGAAAGCGACGAUCCCAAGUUCGCCUUUCCCGCAGCUCGACUUGUCGGACUCUAUCGGCGCCUAUGGGAGUCAUGCGUGUCCAAGCUCAUCGAUGGCCAGAAGCUAGAGCAGGACAACCUUGUUUUGAAGGAAGCUGGUGCGCACCUGAGAAAAGAGAGGGACGGUCUUCAGGUUCGCCAUGACAAGCAGCUAUUCUGGCUGCGCCUUUUUGAGCAGGCAUUGAAAUUAUCCCGGGAGAGGCUGGUUAGCGUACUCGAUGACUGA